AUGCCGCUCAACUACCUGAGCAAUAUUCAUCAGGAGAGAGACGAAACACUGACCUUGUAUCUAACGAGGUUUCAGAACGAGCAGGCAAAGGUCGCGGAUGCACCUGAAAAGUCAAUCCGGACUUUGCUCAUUGCGGUUGGAGCUGAAGGUGGUGGAGGAGGUGUAAGUGGAGGUGGAGGCUUUGGUGGUGGUGGAGGAGGAGAUGUUAGAGAUAGUUCUAAUGAAGGUGGAGGCUUUGGAGUUGGGGGCGGUGUUGGUGGCGGGGCUAAAGGUGAUAUUGAUGGUGGUGGUGGAGUAGGAGGAAGAGGUGGAGUUGGUGGUGGUGGUUCUGGUCAUGGUGGAGGCUUUGGUACUAGAGAAGAUGGUAUUGGUGGUGUUGGUAGUGGUGUUGGAGGAGGAGGUGAUGGUGGUGGGGGUGGGGGUGGAGGUGGAGUAAAUCACCAUUUUAACCUUUAA